AUGGCCAAUGAAAUCUCUGGAGCACAGUCAUUAGAUGAUUAUCACGUGUCUUUCGAUUCAUUUCAUUCAGGUGAAACUCCCAAAACAGCAUCUGACGCCACAAAGUUUUUUCUUAUUGAUGCAAAUGAAGUUCUAAAUACUCCAACUGCAAUAUCUAAGACUUCAAGUUCAGGGGGAUUGUUUUUCGCCGAUGAUUUUCACAAACGUCUACCUGUCCUCAACUCACUUCCAAAUGACCACCAUUCGUCAGUAGCAGUAGAAUGCGAACAUCCUAAUGCAACCGGUGAGUGUUCUAAACGUUUUCCUGGCCGUAUUAUAACUUUCUGUAGUUUAAAUAUGGUCCUAGCUAACUUGUCUGUCUACUAA